UUAAAAAAAUAGCCAAAAAAAACCCCCCCAAAAAACAAACUGGAGCUCCAGUCGCUCGUUGCUACGACACCUCGGCCACCGCCUUUGACCUCCUUUCUCGAUCCCACAUUUUAUGACCCUCGAUUUCUCUCGAACUUUUCGGGUCUCUUAAAUUCUUAAACCUGCUCAGUUUAACUUGAUAAGUUUUCGUCGUAACAUUCAACCUUCCAAUCUUCACCGAGCCGCGUCAAAGCCGACUUUAAUUACUAUAUCAUAAAAUCUCCAUCCUACAAUACCAAUAACCAACACCGCUUGUUACCGUCGCCCUAUAUCGUAGGCACCGAGUCUGCCCAAAAUGUCGAACCAGCAGACUCCACCUCCUCACAUCGACCGCUAUGUCGUUAUUCAUGUAGCAACCACCUGUGAUGAGCACGGUGUCUAUGUGACUAAGGAUUCUGCAGAGGUGAUUGAGCUUGGCUGGAUCCUCCUAGACUCUAAGUCGCUUGAAGAGAUCCAUCGUGAGAGCGUGCUCGUGAAACCUAUCAACACACCUAUCACCCCCUUGUGCACUAGUCUCACAACCCUGACGUGGGAACAUGUACGGAACGCGGGAACCUUCCGGGACGCCGUCAAUCGUUUCGAUGCUUUCGCUUCAGAGCACCUGACCUCACAAAAUCUUGACUUUGUCUUCGUCACUCUGGAUGCCUGGGACCUUCGUGUCCAGCUCCCUCGCGAGGCUCGCGACAAGGCCGUUGUGCUUCCUCCUUACCUGCAACACUCGAGGACGUUCGAUCUGCGCACCGAAUAUCAGCGAUGGCAGCAGCACCACCCUGAAUCUCUUCCCUUCGGCCCUUCGAUGCUUUCCAACAUCUGUGCUGCCCUCGAAGUUGAACCUGUCCAAUCUAGCGCCCCGAUCAAGCACAACCUUCCCUUUCACCUACAGGCACUUGCCCCGGCUUCUCCUCGACGUGCCAUGGAAGAAGCAGUGACUCUUGCCAGAGUUUUGCGCGGUCUGAUUCGAAAGUCCCAGCCGCCGCAAGAACACCCCGAUGUCCUGACUCGUCCUAUGGAUGCUCGUGCCGAUGUUCGCGCGUUCCUGUCCGAGAGAAGUAAGGUCCUGCACAUGUCUGGGUUACCUCACGAUACUACCCAGUCCGAGCUUGAGAGUUGGUUUACCCAAUUUGGUGGCCGCCCCAUCGCUUUCUGGACUCUACGUACUCCGGAACAGCACAAGCCUACAGGUACCGGCUUUGCCGUAUUUUCGUCUCACGAAGAGGCCGCGGAGAGCCUCUGCAUGAAUGGUCGCGCUCUAAACGAGAAGGCCAUUGAGGUUUCGCCCUCCUCCAGUCGUGUGCUUGAUCGAGCCGCUGAAAUCCUGACGCCUUUCCCCCCGAGCAAGAACCGACCCCGCCCUGGCGACUGGACAUGCCCCUCCUGCGGCUUCUCCAACUUUCAGAGACGGACGGCUUGCUUCCGUUGUUCAUUCCCCGCAGUAAGCGCUGGGCCCCAAGGCGACAUGGGCUACGGCUAUGGUUACGGCCCACCGGCUAUGAUGGGCCCUCCGCCUCAUCACGGUGGUCACCACGGAAAUAUGGGUCAUGGAGGAGGUCGCAUGGGUGGCAGUGGCGUCGUUCCCUUCCGAGCUGGAGAUUGGAAGUGUGGUAAUGAGGUUUGUGGGUACCACAAUUUUGCUAAGAAUGUUUGUUGCCUUCGAUGUGGCGCCAGCCGUGCUGGUGCUGCAGUGGUUGCUGACUCGGGUUAUCCUUCACCAAUGGAUAGCGGGUCAAGCUACGGUAUGGGUUCCGGCUCCAUGGCCGGAACACCGGGUCCAGGUCCAUUCGCCUCGGCUACCGGUCCGUUUGGAGCAUCCGGUGGAUACGGUCACCAUUUCGGAGGUCCACCUAGCACCUAUGCCUUGCCCUCAGGCAUUGGUGGCGGAGCUGCCCCGUACCCUUCUCUUAAUACGCAUUUUGGCCCUGCUCCCGGUGCCCACUCGGCAGGACCAUUCGAUAGCCGAGCUGCCGAAGCUGCUUUCCAGUCUGCAAGCAACGGUCCCGCGUCGGCUGGACCUUCUAACAACUUCUAUUCAUCUCAGGCGGAAAAUGACCCGUUUGCAUUCCUCUCUUCUGGUAUGGGUGGUUUGUCUGUCAGUGGUGGCGACGCUCGUCAAAAUGGUGCCGGUGCACCUUCAAACAAAUCACCUGCUUAAAUACAGGAAGCAUUUU